AUGUCGGAUCUACAGGGGCGAAAGGUGUUCAAGGUGUUCAACCAAGACUUUGUCGUCGAUGAGCGGUACAAUGUGACCAAGGAGUUGGGCCAGGGUGCUUACGGUAUUGUCUGCGCUGCCGUUAACACCCAGACGAACGAGGGCGUUGCUAUCAAGAAGGUGACCAACGUUUUCAGCAAGAAGAUUCUCGCAAAACGUGCUUUGAGAGAAAUUAAAUUACUUCAGCACUUCCGGGGUCAUCGUAAUAUUGCCUGCUUGUAUGACAUGGACAUUCCACGCCCAGACAACUUCAACGAAACUUAUUUAUACGAAGAAUUGAUGGAGUGUGACUUAGCUGCCAUUAUUCGAUCCGGCCAGCCCUUGACAGACGCCCACUUUCAGUCCUUUAUUUAUCAAAUUCUGUGUGGCUUGAAGUACAUCCACUCGGCUAACGUGUUGCAUCGUGAUUUGAAGCCUGGAAAUUUGCUGGUCAAUGCGGACUGUGAACUUAAGAUUUGCGAUUUCGGUCUUGCUCGAGGUUUCUCAAUCGACCCGGAGGAAAAUGCUGGAUAUAUGACUGAAUACGUCGCUACUCGAUGGUACCGUGCUCCUGAGAUCAUGUUGAGCUUCCAGAGCUACACAAAAGCCAUUGAUGUCUGGUCGGUGGGCUGCAUUCUUGCCGAACUUUUGGGCGGUCGUCCAUUUUUCAAGGGCCGUGACUACGUCGACCAACUUAACCAAAUCCUUCACUACCUGGGCACUCCUGCAGAAGAGACCCUUUCCCGUAUUGGUUCACCUCGUGCACAGGAGUACGUGCGUAACCUACCAUUCAUGCCGAAGAUCCCCUUCCAGCGCCUCUUCCCCCAAGCCAACCCCGACGCUCUUGACCUCCUCGACCGCAUGCUCGCAUUCGAUCCCUCGAAACGUAUCUCUGUCGAAGAAGCCUUAGAACAUCGCUACCUCCACAUCUGGCACGACGCUUCCGAUGAGCCCUCAUGCCCAACAACUUUCGACUUCCAUUUUGAAGUAGUCGAUGAUGUCGGUGAGAUGCGUAAGAUGAUUCUGGACGAAGUCAUCAACUUCCGCGCCCAUGUCCGUCAGCAACAUCAAGCGGCAUACCAAAACCAACAAUCGCAGCAAGUUCCACAAAACGUUCCCAUUCCAGAAAACAAUCAGGGUCCUUGGAAACAAGAGGAGCCUCGGCCGCAGGAAGCACCUCUCCCAGGUUCACAUCAGAAUGAUCUCGAAGCGUCCCUUCAGCGGGGCAGUGACUUCUUACAUUGA